GUUGAAACAAAAGGGCGGGAAGAUUCGAACGGCUCUAAGGUGCCAUCGUACCUGGUUACAGUCUAUUAUUCUAUAUUGCAAAUCCCAUUCCCAGUAAUAGUCUCAUUCUUCAACUGCUUGAACAAUUCUGGCUUAUCCAUUUGGGGGCUCAGUUCCCGGUUCAAUGCAGCAUGACUCUACAGACUAUAUUAAAGCAUUUAAAUAAACUUCAUCGAUAGAUCAGACAAGAUGUUACGUAGUUUCUCGCGAUUUGGAUCUGAUAAAUGUACUCGCUUUCUCUACACGUCUUGUUAUGUUAAUACACCUAAAAUUCAACCAAGCAAAUUCUCACAGUUACUGAAGUCAUAUUUUGAGCUUGGACGAUUCGCUAGACCAACAGGCACGUGGCUGUUAUACCUUCCUUGCACGUGGAGCAUUGCUCUAGCUGCACCACCGGGUCACUUACCCGACAUUUAUAUGCUAACCCUAUUUGGCGUUGGCUCCAUUUUGAUGCGAAGUGCCGGUUGUACAAUAAAUGAUAUGUGGGAUAAAAAAUACGACAUGCUUGUCAAACGCACAAAGGAUCGUCCACUAGCUUCGGGUUCACUAACCUUUCCCCAGGCUUUAUUGUUUCUUGGUGCUCAGCUAGCGACUUCGCUUGUAAUAUUAUUGCAAUUGAACUGGUACAGUGUAUUUCUUGGUAUCCUGUCAUUGGUUCCUGUCAUCACGUAUCCUCUGUUUAAACGUAUUACUUACUGGCCGCAGCUUGUACUUGGUAAGAAUCAGUGUAGAAUUUUCUAACCUUGGUUUAUUGCAAUGUGGUGUUACAGGCUUAACAUUGAACUGGGGUGUUUGGCUUGGGUAUUCUGCUAUAAAUGGUUUUUGCCUUUUCUCCGUGUGCACUCCUUUGUAUUUAGCUGCAGUGUGUUGGACAUGCACGUACGAUACCAUAUAUUCUCAUCAAGUGAGGAUGUUUUGCAUUUGUCUUCAAUCUUUUUCGCGCUAAUAGUUUCUGCAUUUUAAGAAUAUUCAUAUGUCGACUCAUAGUUUUUCGAUUCUGCAUACUUAGUUUUGUGUUUUGACUUGUCGCCCAGUAAACCAGCAGCACCUUUUUGUUUUUUAUCUGAAAUUUAAAGAUUAGGUUUGUUUGUUCUGUAUAGGUCUUACAUUCAACUGGGGUGCUUUGCUGGGUUAUUCUGCUGUCACAGGUUCUGUUGACCCUCUGAUUUCAAUUCCUCUCUAUUUUGGUGGCUUCAAUUGGACAAUUAUAUACGACACAAUCUAUGCACAUCAGGUUUGUGCUCAUAGCUUGCUUUAAAGUUUGCUAUUUUAUGUUGAAUCUAUAACGAGGGUUUCUAUUUUAGGAUAUCGACGAUGACAUCCGUAUAGGCGUAAAAUCAACUGCAAUUUUGUUUGGAGAAAAGACGAAAUUAUAUUUGGGCGCUUUUCACAUGGGAAUGACAGCGUGUCUCCUCACUGUUGGAAUUAACGCAAAUGCUGGUUGUCUAUAUUACCUUGGGACCUUCCUUACAAUGUUUCAUAUUGCUCAUUUAAUAAGGAAGACGGACCUAAAGAAUCCCAAUUCUUGUUGGCAGACCUUUAAAGAUAGUAAAAAAACUGGUCUUUUGUAUUUUCUUACCAUUGUACUGGACAAAAUAUCACUAUAAGCUUAUUGUUCUUCUAAAUAAUAAAAUUAACCUUUUGUAAAUAUUUCAGGGUUUUCAGCUGGCUGUUAUACAUUGGUUUCCAUUCUCAAUAAAAUCUAUUACUUUUAAAAUUACUUAUAUAAUUAAACUAAUUAUCUGACAUAGACGUAUGAUAUUUAUGAUAAUUGUGUCUACUUUCUCUACAAAGAAUUCUUUUAAACGGGAAUAAGUUUUAACAGUGUUUAUUGUAAAUUUUGAUACACCGUCAACUGGCAAAUGUAUUGUUACAAAUAGUUUAAAAUCUAACUGUCAAGCUCUCUAAACGAGAAAUCAUACCGUUCUAACCCAAGCAAAAAGCUACUCAAUACAAAUUAUUCCAAUUGA